GACACAACCAGCACGGAGCGUUGGUGCCGGCGUCUGAGCGGCGCAGUGGGGUCUUCCCGCUGCCCAGCAGCCUACAGGCGCGGUGCACUCUGGGGGAACAUGGCCGCUUCCGGUCUCCCUCCCGGGCCGGCGCUGGCCUGACUGCGGCCCCUGCCCGGAGCACUCCGCCCUCCGCUUCUCCAGCCCUGUAGCCGCGAAGACUGCUUCAGCCUUUCCCGCUGCUGCCCCUGCCGCGCGAUGGAGAAGAGCUCGAGCUGCGAGAGUCUUGGCUCCCAGCCGGCGGCGGCUCGGCCGCCCAGCGUGGACUCCUUGUCCAGUGCCUCCACUUCUCAUUCAGAGAAUUCAGUGCAUACAAAAUCAGCUUCUGUUGUAUCAUCAGAUUCCAUUUCAACUUCUGCCGACAACUUUUCUCCUGAUUUGAGGGUCCUGAGGGAGUCUAACAAGUUAGCAGAAAUGGAAGAACCACCCUUGCUUCCAGGAGAAAAUAUUAAAGACAUGGCCAAAGAUGUAACUUACAUAUGUCCAUUCACUGGUGCUGUACGAGGAACUCUGACUGUCACGAAUUAUAGGUUAUAUUUCAAAAGCAUGGAACGGGAUCCCCCAUUUGUUUUAGAUGCUUCCCUUGGUGUGAUAAGUAGAGUAGAAAAAAUUGGUGGUGCUUCUAGUCGAGGUGAAAAUUCUUAUGGACUAGAAACUGUGUGUAAGGAUAUUAGGAAUUUACGAUUUGCUCAUAAACCUGAGGGGCGGACAAGAAGAUCCAUAUUUGAGAAUCUAAUGAAAUAUGCAUUUCCUGUCUCUAAUAACCUGCCUCUUUUUGCUUUUGAAUACAAAGAAGUAUUCCCUGAAAAUGGGUGGAAGCUAUAUGACCCUCUUUUAGAGUACAGAAGGCAGGGAAUUCCAAAUGAAAGCUGGAGAAUAACAAAGAUAAAUGAACGAUAUGAACUUUGUGAUACAUACCCUGCCCUCCUGGUUGUGCCAGCAAAUAUUCCUGAUGAAGAAUUAAAGAGAGUGGCAUCCUUCAGAUCAAGAGGCCGUAUCCCAGUUUUAUCAUGGAUUCAUCCUGAAAGUCAAGCCACAGUCACUCGGUGUAGCCAGCCCAUGGUUGGAGUGAGUGGAAAGCGAAGCAAAGAAGAUGAAAAAUACCUUCAAGCUAUCAUGGAUUCCAAUGCCCAGUCUCACAAAAUCUUUAUAUUUGAUGCCCGGCCAAGUGUUAAUGCUGUUGCCAACAAGGCAAAGGGUGGAGGUUAUGAAAGUGAAGAUGCCUAUCAAAAUGCUGAACUAGUUUUUCUGGAUAUCCACAAUAUUCAUGUUAUGAGAGAAUCAUUACGAAAACUUAAGGAGAUUGUGUACCCCAACAUUGAGGAAACUCACUGGUUGUCUAACUUGGAAUCUACUCAUUGGCUAGAACAUAUUAAGCUUAUUCUUGCAGGGGCUCUUAGGAUUGCUGACAAGGUAGAGUCAGGGAAGACGUCUGUGGUAGUGCACUGCAGUGAUGGUUGGGAUCGCACAGCUCAGCUCACUUCCCUUGCCAUGCUCAUGUUGGAUGGAUACUAUCGAACCAUCCGAGGAUUUGAAGUCCUUGUGGAGAAAGAAUGGCUCAGUUUUGGACAUCGAUUUCAACUAAGAGUUGGCCAUGGAGAUAAGAACCAUGCAGAUGCAGACAGAUCGCCUGUUUUUCUUCAAUUUAUUGACUGUGUCUGGCAGAUGACAAGACAGUUUCCUACCGCAUUUGAAUUCAAUGAGUAUUUUCUCAUUACUAUUUUGGACCACCUAUACAGCUGCUUAUUCGGAACAUUCCUCUGUAAUAGUGAACAACAGAGAGGAAAAGAGAAUCUUCCUAAAAAGACUGUGUCACUGUGGUCUUACAUAAAUAGCCAGCUAGAAGACUUCACUAAUCCUCUCUAUGGGAGCUAUUCCAAUCAUGUCCUUUAUCCAGUAGCCAGCAUGCGCCACCUAGAGCUCUGGGUGGGAUAUUACAUAAGGUGGAAUCCACGGAUGAAACCACAGGAACCUAUUCACAACAGAUACAAAGAACUUCUUGCUAAACGAGCAGAGCUUCAGAAAAAAGUAGAAGAACUACAGAGAGAGAUUUCUAACCGAUCAACCUCAUCCUCAGAGAGAGCCAGCUCUCCUGCACAGUGUGUCACUCCUGUCCAAACUGUUGUAUAAAGGAUUGUAAGAUCAGGGGCAUCAUUGCUAUAUACACUCUUGAUUACACUGGCAGCUCUACGAGUAGAAAGUCUUCCGAAUGUAGAACCCAUCUAUGAGAGAAAGUUCAGUCACUUUAUUUAUUUUAAAUCUCUCUAGGAUGAGUUUAGAACGUAGCAGUGCAGGUGGCUUAAGUGAAAUAACCCCAUAUGUAAUUACAUGAUUAUGAUACUAAUCUUUUAAGUAUCCAAAGAAUAUUAAAAUACUUCAAUCCUGAUCCACAGUGGGAACAAGUUUAAAUUAAAAGGCAAAUGUUGUUACAAAUUUUUGGCAUCUGGUAAUAUUAAAACCAUUUUAGAAAUACACUCUGUGCUCACUGUGCAGAGGAACAUCAGUUUUCAAAAAAACACUGAAAUUCUGUGGCAUCACAUAUAUUAAUUCUGUGGCAUCACAUAUAUUGGGCCUUGAUGUCAUGACAGAUCAAACUCAUUUGAUAUCCCUUUCUCCAUUCUAGGUUUUUCUUUUUUUGCAGUAAUUGAUCACUUUUCAACUUCCAUAUUCUUCAUAUAGUAAAAGGCAAAGUGUUGAAGAUAUUACGGUGUGGUAGUAGUUGAAAAUUAUUGCCGUCAUUAUUUACAUACUUAAGACAUAUUAGCAAGUUGAUCCAAAAUGGGAGGCCUUAUAGAUGUGCUUGGGGGAAAAUGAAGGGGAGAAAGUAGCCAUACAGGAGUUCAAAGAAUUCCAUGCCCUUCAGAUUAGCCUAAUUACCAGAAACAUCAUGGAAGAUAUUUAAAAAACUAAUUAUUUACUACAGUGUAUUUCACUUGUCUGAACACACAGAAGUUAAUUGGCAAGUUUUUAAGACUUAUUUAAAAAUCUUACUAGGAUUGACAUUUUUUCUGAAGUCUGUAUAAAUAGCUUAUGGUGAGAAGUACUGUGCUCAAAUUUUACAUUUUUUUCCUUUGCAAAUUCUGUAAUUCCACUCAACGAUUAAGUCUACCAAACAACACACGGUAUGUAAACGAUGUAUUACAAUCUCAAAGCCAGUAAAAGAAAUCUUGCUUCACUGUUCACCUGCUACAAGUGUAAGAGUUUGGUGCUGGUAGAAACAUUUGACUCUGAUGUCUAUUUUAUUCUACAUAAGAGCCAUAUGUAAUGUACUGUAACAAAGGAGCUUCUUGUCCCCUUGGUCUUUUAAUUAAAACAAAUUCCAACUGA